UAGCCAGUUCAAUAUAGACUAGCUUCGCGUAACGUUCGGGCUAGAAAAUCGAAUCGAUUGAUCAUGUUUUCGCUAUUUUUGCUGGCGCUGUCUCUUUUGACAUUGGCGUGGUUCUAUAUUAGGCACCAUUAUGACUUUUGGGCGCGACGCGGGUUUCCCUACGACAAGCACUCUGGGAUUCCGUUCGGAUGCUUGGACAGCGUCUGGAGGCAGGAGAAGAGCAUGGGCCUGGCUAUCUAUGACAUCUAUCGAAGGAGCAGGGAGCGUGUGCUGGGGAUUUACUUGCUCUUCAGUCCGGCGGUCUUGGUCCGCGAUGCCGAACUGGCACGUCGCGUGCUGGCCCAGGAUUUCGCCAGCUUCCAUGAUCGAGGGAUCUACGUGGACGAGGAGAAGAAUCCGCUGUCCGCCAGUAUAUUUGCCCUACGCGGUCAGAGCUGGCGGGCCAUGCGGCACAUGCUGUCGCCUUGUUUUACCUCCGGCAAACUAAAGGCCAUGUAUGGCACCUCCGAGGAUAUUGGCGACAAAAUGGUGGCCCAUCUGCAAAAGAAGCUGCCAGAGCAGGGCUCCGAGGAGGUGGAUCUGAAGAGUGUGAUGCAAGACUAUGCCAUCGACAUCAUUGCCUCGACCAUCUUCGGCCUGGACGUGAAUAGCUUCGAGAACCCGGACAAUAAGUUCCGCAAACUGGUGUCGAUUGCAAGAGUCAACAAUAGGUUUAAUGCCCUAUUCGGUAUGCUGAUUUUCCUGGUGCCCUCCAUAGCCAAGUUCCUGUUCAGAAUGGGACUUCAAAACCCAGUUGGUCUGGCCAUGCUGGAGAUUGUCAAGGAAACCGUUGAGCACCGCGAGAAGCACGGAAUUGUGCGUAAGGAUCUGCUGCAGUUGCUCAUUCAGCUAAGGAACACGGGCAAGAUAGAAGAGAACGAAUCCUUUAGCAUACAAAAGACACCCGACGGUCACAUCAAGGCCAUUUCACUGGAGACCAUUACCGCCCAGGCGUUUAUAUUCUACAUUGCUGGCCAGGAGACCACUGGCUCGACUGCAGCCUUCACCAUCUUUGAGUUGGCCCAGUAUCCGGAGCUGCUGAAGCGCCUGCAGGAUGAAGUGGACGAGACGCUGGCCAAGAACGACGGAAAGAUCACCUACGAUGCCCUGCACAAAAUGGAGUUCCUGGAGCUGUGCUUCCAGGAAACCAUUCGCAAAUAUCCCGGUCUUCCCAUUUUGAACCGUGAAUGCACCCAGGACUAUACUGUACCCGAAACCAACCAUGUAAUACUGAAGGGCACCCCAGUGGUGAUCUCGCUGUAUGGUAUUCACCACGAUGCCGAGUACUUCCCGGAUCCCGAGAAAUACGAUCCCUAUCGGUUCGCCGAGGAGAGUCGCAACUACAGUCCCACCGCGUUUAUGCCCUUCGGCGAGGGUCCCAGGAUUUGCAUUGCCCAGCGGAUGGGUCGUGUGAAUGCCAAGCUGGCGAUCAUCAAGAUCCUUCAGAACUUCAACGUUGAGGUGAUGAGCAAACGCGAAAUAGAGUUCGAGAAUCACGGCAUAGCCCUGAUGCCCAAACACGGAGCUCGAGUGCGUUUGUCCAAAAGAGUGCCCAAAUUGGCCUGAACCCUCCACACUGAUGAAAUACAAUAGUUAUAAGUGGCAGUUAAUUCAUUUUUGAUUUAAACCAAUCCCUUAUCGCUGAUAUGAUAAAUAAUAAUCCCGUUCAGCAAAUUGUCAAAACAUUAUGUAAUAUUUUGUUGAUAAUUUGUAUAAUAGAUCGUGUAAAAAUGUUUAAUUGAUUAACAUUAAUUUAUACAAUAGUUGUAGGUCAUUACUAACAAAAAUCGUACCUUUAAGAAUUAAAAAAAUUUAAAUGUUGUAUACA